AUGAGCUGGCUCUUCUUUGUUGUCUCUCAAAUUGUAUUGACUCUUUCAAGCUGCCCAUAUGAUAGCUGAGGAUCUGGGUGUAAUAACCCAAAAUUUAUGGUGGAUUCCAAAGUAUGUGCAGCUGGAUGUCCUACACUUUAUUAUUUCUAUCAACAGUAUUUUGAUAUAGGAUGAUUUAGCUACUGUAGUAAGCCUACUGGCAGCGAUGCAAUUUUAUUCACAUUAAUACUAUCAAAGGUUCAAGAUUUAACUUUAACUUAUGUGUCAGAUCUAAAUGAUUCUAAUAAGAAAUUUGUGAACCCAGGAGGAAUCCCAUAUAUUUCUGAAACACAAAAUUCUCCACUUCCGACUUUAGAUCGUGGCUUUUAUUUUGCUAAUACAUCAAGUAUGACAAGCAAUCAGAGCUAUACACCUGGCCUUUAUUUUAUUUUAAAUUUGAUAAUCAAGCCUUUGGGAAGUGGAGAAAUUUUAAAUAUACAAAUAAAUUCAACACAAUAUGUGAGGAUAUGAGCAGAUAUCUCUGGCUAUUAUAAAAUUAGUGCAUUAAUUUUUAACUCCAAUGGGGCUCAAAUAGCAGUAUCUGGAGCCUCCUCUGUUAAAUAUUCGUUAUCUUGGCACUCACUCUCAGUUUCUCUGUCGCAGUUGUGUUGUGAUUUAGGCUCCAUAACCUUUUAUAUAGAUGGGAAUGAGGCUGGAAAAGUAAUGCUAAGUAACUCUGAAAUAAGUUUUCCAACUGAGACUUAUAUAUGGACUUUUGGAAAUACAGGCAGAAACAACUCAUUUAAAGGAUUUAUUUAUUGGAUUCAAGCAAGAGCUGAUAGCAAUAUAAACUAUGGGAUUAUGACUAUCACUAUUGAUUGCACUAAUAAUCAAUAUUGAGAUGGAUCUGCUUGUCAAAAUUGCGAGGCUGACUGUCCAACUUGGCCUUGGUGCAUUAGAGGCGGUGACUGUAGUUUUUGUAGUUCCACAGAUUGCAGUUCAUGCUACGGUUAUUCUUUAUCAAUGUGCAAAGAUCAUUUUUCUAAUCAAAUACCUAAAAUUUCCCGCCUCGUUUGCUGACCAGGAUGUCAAACUUGUACUGGAAUUGAAUAUUACGAAUGUACCAGCUGCCAAAUAGGCUAUUACUUUCUUAAUAUACAAUGUUUACCGGAAUGCCCAACAGGAUAUACCCAAAACUCUACAACAAAUAGCUGUGAUCUUGGUGUUGAUUAUAUUUAUCUAUUUUUAUUUCCUAAGAUAAUACUUUUGGACUCAAUUUCUGGAAAAGACGUAGGAUCAUCGAAUAUCAAUUCAUAUCCAAAUUAUGACCCUAAUGAUCCUUAUCCAGCUUAUAAUCGGGGAUAUUAUUUUAACCCUAGCAGCUAUUUAAAAACAAGUUAUAUGCUUUCACCUUCUCAUUCUAUCACAGCCUGAAUAAGGCCUAUUACAGAUGGUCUCCUCUUAAUCAAGUAUAUAUCAGGUACAACCCAAUGGUCUGUGAAAAUUUUGCCUUCAGGACAGCCAGAACUUUCUGUUUUCCUCUCAGACUCUUCUACAAUUCUUUCUGUAACAGGUGCAUCAAGCGCCCUAAAUUAUUGAUUUUUCAUUGUAUUUGAUUGUGAUAUUAAUUCUGAUGGGACAACUACUGCAAAAUCUUAUAUUGAUACAGCCAACCUGGCCACCUCUUCAUCUACAAUUCCUCUUUAUCCAUUAGACAGCUCAUCAGGAGAUCUAUAUCUAGGGCACUAUAGCUCAGGAUUCACUGGAUUUGCAUGGAAAGUUAAGCUUAUCCCUAUAACAAACUCGUGAGACACUUUUUAUGUUACUUCAGGAUGUUUAGGAAAUUGCUCAAAAUGUGCAGGAGAUUUAACUUGUCUGGACAGCUGUUCAAUUAAUCAAUAUUUUGACGGAUCUAUAUGCAAAAACUGUAUAGAUACUUGCACUAAAGGAUGCAGAAAUUCUGAUACCUGCAGAUUAUGCAAGACAAAAGAAUGUGCUACCUGCACUGCAUUUUCAGGGGCGAAUUCAUGCCUAACUUGUAUUACAAAUGCUGUAAGUGAUGGAGCUGGGGGCUGUAAAUGUGCAGAUAAUGCUUUCUGGGUAUCUUCAUCACAGUCUUGCGAAAUUUGUGAUAAUUUCUGCUCAACUUGUUUGAAAACAGCUUAUUUUGAAUGCUCAGCGUGUUCAGGAACAAAUUUUUUGAUUGGGACAGUCUGCUUUAGUCGCUGUCCUUAUGGGUUUGGAUCUCCCUGCUCACCAGUGUCAACUGCUGUCAUCGAUUUAUCUUUUGAUGGAGAUUUUCUAGGCCAAUACGGACUUUUUGUAACAGGUACAGAUUUCGUGUCCUUUCAGUUUUUUAAUAACCCUGAGGCUCUUGAUCCUAUCCCUGCAUAUAAGCGAGGCUUAUUUUUUGAUGGAAGUAAGCAUUUAUCAACCUGAACAAACCCUCAAUUGUUUCAUAGUUUUUCUUUAGGGGCUUGAAUUUAUGUAAUUAUUGAUGGUAGCUGAAUGCAAAAAUCUAUCUUGAUUAAUUAUUCUUCAUUGGGGAGCUUUACUAUUAGACUUCAACUUUGGAAUAAUACCAAUAUUCCUGUAACUUUGUCCUCAUCAGGUCUACUCAACACUUGAAAGUACUUAUCAGUCACCUCUAUUUAUUAUCUAGGGCAAACUACUUUAGCAAUCUAUAUGAAUGGCGCUGCUCUCUCAUCACUUCUAGUUCCAGAUAGGAUUUUUAGAGAUAGUGCUACAAGCACUAUAACAAUUGGAAAAAGCAGCACAUCAGGUUUUGUUGGAUUCGUUAGGUCUUUUCAGAUGUGAAAUACUCCAAUAACUGAUUUUUCCAGCUAUAUAAAUGCAGCUUGUGGAUCAGGGUCAGCUUGCUUAUGGUCUUGUGAUUUGUCUCAUUAUUAUGAUGGUGCGAACUGUGUAUCCUGCAAUUCAUGCAGCCUUGGAUGUGUAAGGGGAAAUACCUGCAAUAUUUGUUAUGAUUUAUUAUGCUUGAAAUGUACAGGAUUUGACUCAGGAAAAUGCACUCAGUGUGUUAUUAAUGCGAGUUUAAAUGUAGGGGUAUGUGCUUGUAAUCCUGGAUAUGGGGUGUCUUCUGAUGGAUUUUCAUGUUUUGCGUGCUAUACUGGGUGCUCUCAAUGUACAGGCUCAACUUCUCAUGAAUGCAAAGCAUGCUUUUCAGGAUAUUUUUUCUAUGGAGAUACUGGUGAAUGCUUAACUGCAUGCCCAACGGGGUAUAUUAUCAAUCCUGGGACAAAUAUCUGUGUAAAAUGCGAUGUCUCAUGCAAAACAUGUACUUCUGCUAGCUAUUUGGAUUGCUUGGAAUGUGCUGAUAGCUAUUAUAAGAUUACUGGAAUUUGUUUAGGCGGCUGCCCGUCAGGGUAUUCUUUAUCUGCAAAUGGGUGCGUGCAGGAGAAAAUUUUUGAUUUAGAUUUGAAUACUCUAAAUGGAGUCAUUUAUGAUAAAGCAAGCUCGAUACCGGUUGUUACUGGCUCUACUAAUAAAUUUUAUCCAAAUUAUGAACCUGACGACCCAAUCCCUGCUUAUCUGAGAGGAUUCUGAUUUAAUGGUCAGUCUUCAGUUUUAAGGCUACCUGAAUUUUCAAAUUAUACAUCUCCAAAACUCAUUAUAGCCCCAACCUUUACUAUUUCUAUAUGGUUAAACACCGAAACAUCAUUCUCAGCUCUAUUGUCAAAAAAUAGCAUUUCUGAUAAUUUACUCACUCCUCCCUUGACUAGAUUCAAAAUAUAUUGGAAAAAUCUAAAAUUACUGCUUUUUGGUGAGCAAAUUUUUUUUUUUGGAUUUGACAUAUAAUGAAUAUUAUAAUGUAGUCUCAAGCUGAUUUUGCUUAAAUUUUAGAUAGCUUACAUAAAAAAAAUCAUAAAAAUUAACCCCUCAUAUAUCAGAAAACAAAUUCUUGUGGACUCAGCUCUUUAUUUUAUCUCAUUAAUAAGCAGUAAACCUGCAAUUUCUCUCCUAAUAAGCUCAUCCCCUUUCUUUUACUCAUGUCAAGCAUCACUCAAUAACUAUGAAUGAAGCCAUAUUGUAUAUACAUUAGAAGCUGCUCAAAAUGGCUACAAUAAGAUUUCCUGCUAUAUCAAUGGAGUGCUUGAUUCAUCAGGAAUGACAGGUUAUGGAGCUUUUCUUGAUAUAGGUCCUCAUACCACAAUGGCUAUAGGAGCUCAAAUUAGCUCGUCAGCAGUUUAUAAUUUUUAUCAAGGCUUUAUUUAUACUAUUCAAAUAUUUAAUACAGCAAAAUCAAUAUCUAGUCUAUCGACAACAUCUUGCAUCGAACCUUGCAGUGUUUGUCCUAUCAGCCAAGCAUGCAUACCUAACUGCAAAAUAAAUGAAUAUUGGAGUGGCCCUGCAUAUAAUAAAUGCUAUAAUUGCAAUAUUAAAUGCAAAAAAACUUGCAGAGAUUGGCGAUCUACAUGUUCGCUUUGUAGUAAUUUAUUAUGUGACGUCUGCACUGAUUAUUCAGCUUCUGGAUGCUCAGCUUGCAAAGAGUAUGCGAUUAAUCCUGAUUCCUGUAUCUGUGACAUAAAUUAUGUAUUAGAUGCUUCCAAUAAUAGCAGCUGCAUUCCUCUUGAGGCUGGUGGAUUUAGAGAUCCUAACUCCCCCUCUGUGAGUGAACAAAACCAUUAGAAAAAUCGCUAUUUUUUGCCCAAAAAACCCAUCCUCUGUGAGUGAACAAAAACUUUUUAAUAGAAAAAUUUUUUAUGGAAAAAAUUUUUGAUAUAUAAGUGAUAAUUAGCAUAAUGAAAUCUAGUGCUAAUUCUGUUUAAUUUUAAACAAAUUGCUUUUUAAAAACAUAAAUUUUAUAUAUAUUAAAUUAAUAUUUGCUUUCCAAUUUUUGCGUAUUAGGAUUUUUUUAAAAUUUCGAAAAAAAAUUUAUAUAUAAAAAAAAAAAAUUAACCCCUCCGUGAGUGAACAAAUACAUUUUGGAAUUUUUUAUCCUUGUCCAAAUUACUGCACUAUUUGUGAAUCCCUUACUAAAUGCUCUGCUUGUGUAGAAAAUGCGAGUCUAAUUAAUAAUCUCUGUUAUUGCAAUAUAGGCUAUAACGGUACUAAAAAUUGUAUUUUAGUUCCUUUUUCAGCAAAACUCUCCGUUUUAUCAGAUAAUUCUCUGUAUCUCACUUUUUCAGACAGUCUUGCUAAAAAACUUACUACAAAUGAUUUUACCAUAAAAAUUGCAAAGCUAGGAAAUAUUUCCUAUAAAAUUGAGGAGGUGAAUAAUACUUGCUAUUAUAUUACUAUAAAAAUUACAGAAGAAGUAUCUAAAGGGACAUUAGCUACGCUUGAGUUUUUAAAUUUGACAGAAGUGAGAUCAGUCUCAAAUGGGCUCUUAAAUUCGUCAGAAAUUUCAGCAUCUUUAAAUUCUUAUGACCCUGCUCCAUAUUCGCCUACUAUUGCUGCAGUCAGUUCUCAAGCAGAAACAAUAGCUCAGACGACUGUUGCUUUAGUAGCUGCUUUGUCGAUUAUCAAUCCUAAUCCGAGCUCUCUAUGGAGCAUGAUGAAUACUUUACAAAUCCUCAGCUACUUGACAUUAUCAGGGAUCCCUUUGUCUAAAAAAAUAAGCGCUUUUUUGAAUAGCUUGAACUCCUUUAACUUAUUCCCAAAUGCAUUUAUAUAUAUUACGAAUAAAGAUGAAGGAAAAACUCCGUAUUCUCAAGCAAAAGAGUUUGGUUUUGAUACUGAUCUGAUACUAUUAAAUACUGGAAAUGAUUUUACGCUUAUAUUGGCUUCAUUUUUAGCUUUUCCUAUUAUUUUAUUUUUUUCUCAAUGCUCAUUCAGAUGAAUUGGUAAGAAAUUUAUGAAAACUGUGAAGGCUUAUCAGUUUGCCUUUUAUUUGAGAUUUUGGAUACAAUGCUAUUUAGAACUAGGAGCAGCUGCAAGUAUUGGACUUAUUACUUUUGGAUUUAAUAAUAUCACUCAGAUAGCGAAUUUUCUUAUAUGUAUAGCUAUUUAUAUUUUGCAUGCUAUUGCUCCAGCAGUGUUUUUUUGGUUUUCUUAUAAAAAUAAAAAUAGGAUCCAGUCGCGAGAAAAAACCUUUAAUAGACGAUUUAGCUCGUUUUUUUAUGAAUUUCGAACUGAUCGAGGGUUACUUGCAACACAGUAUUAUUUUGUAUUUUUUAUAAGGAGACUUAUCUAUAUCAUAAGUUUGGUCUUCUUAAGAAACUAUCCACAAACUGAAGUAACAAUUAAUGUCGUUCUUUCAAUAAUGACUAUAAUGCAUUUAUUUUUCUUUUGGCCAUUUAAAGACUAUACUUUACAAAUUUGUAAUUUAUUGACUGAAAUAGGUAUUUUUUUCAUAAUGACCACUAUUUCUAUUUAUUUAUUUAAUUUAGACCAAGAAAAUUUGUCAAUUAUUGAGGAAGUGAUUGUAUCAAUUGUAAUAGCUAUUAUGGGAAUUCAGAUUUUAGCUUCAAUAGUUAUUUCUGUAAGGACGUUAUAUAAGAUUAUCAAGUAUAAGCUAGAAAAACAAAAAUUUUUAAAGGUCAAUUCAUGCGAGAUAGCAAAAAUUAAAUAA